UUAAAAAUUUAAUUAAACUGAGAAAUUACAGUUGCCAUAUAUACCAUCCGUGCACCACGUGACUUCCUUUCCGGUCUAGCCUGACAACAUGGACGCCAGCCGCGUGCAGCCCAUCAAGCUUGCAAGAGUCACCAAGGUUCUCGGGAGAACCGGUUCCCAGGGACAAUGUACACAGGUCCGUGUUGAGUUCAUGGACGACAGCAACCGCUCAAUCAUCAGGAACGUGAAGGGCCCGGUCAGAGAGGGAGAUGUGCUGACACUCCUGGAGUCUGAAAGAGAAGCCAGGAGGCUGCGAUAGGUGAGACCAUGUAACCUCAGUGCCUACUGAAGCUGCCAAUCCAACACUGUGGAGCAUCAACUACAGCAGGAUGCAGUCACUUUCAGUGGACUACCCACCGCUUGUUCAGAUGUUUUGAAAUAAAUUUGAGUUGAAAAUGA